UUGAUUUGCCAUCUUAAAGCUUGGAAAAGGCCACAGUCGGUUAUUACAAAGCUUACAUUUUUUUCUCUUUCUUCGUGUAUUGGCAAAGAGAUUGCUUUUGCUUUUUCGAUUUUGAGAUCCCAUUGUUCCUUUCAAGUGAACAGUAAUGCUUUGUCCUUCUCCUUCUUAAUAGGUAUAGGUAUAUUCUUCUUUAUGUUGUGUAUUUUCAGUUGCGUUGAUUUUAUUUUUGUAUGGUUACUUCGUCAAUUUUUCAAAGAUAAUCAAAAGUGUUUCAUGAGUCAGUUUUCCUAAUUUGUAUUAGUUCCUCAUAUCUAUCAAAAGAGUUUCUUUGAUACUGAUUGAUUUUUAAGAAGGUGGGGGAAUUCAUCUACCUCUCAUGUUGUUGAUGUUUUCUCUUUGUGAAUUUGAUUGUUGGAAGAAGGCUUAUAUUAUUUCUUAAGAUGCCCAAAGUGGAUAAUAGUGGUGAUUUUAUAUUCUGGUUUGCGGAAGAAAUAUCAAUGAAGAUUUUAACCAAUCUAGAUGACCCAUCUGAUGUAGUCCGUGUUUCCUCUGUUUCCAAGCUCUGGCGGCAAUUUGUGAUUGAACAUGACAUCUGUAAACAGCUUUGCUUAAAGAAGUUUCCUGAAAUAUCUGGUGCUGUUGAACUAAACAACUUGAUAGAACCAGUAGAUAUUGGUCUUAGAAACGGUACCGAAUUUGAAUUGUUAAAGAGGAACCAUAAAAUAUUUUCCUUCUUAGCGAAAGCUCUUUCUCCUGUCAUUACAAAUGAUUGCUUAUCAACUGCUAUUAGUGCAUCUAGCACUGACAAUUACCCAACUGAAAGCAUUGUGCAUACUUUGCAACCCGGGGAUAGAAAUCAGAAUGUAGCUUCAUACUGGUCAAGUAGUGGGCAACAUGAACCAUCUGUUCCUGAGACACUACUUUAUGAGUUAGUGACCAAGAUGUGUCUGGUCAGUGAAAUCCAUGUUCAACCAUUCCAAGCAUAUUUUCAGCACCGCUACCCGAUAUACUCAUGUAAAGCUGUCCGAUUUAAAAUGGGCCAUCUCAGAAAUCUUGGCGAAUCAGAUACUGACUUUUCAGAUAACGAGUCUGAGGAUCACACAUUGCUAGACGAUAGAUUUGUAUGGACUUACAUCUCACCUGAAUUCCCAAUGGUUCAGGAAAGUUUUUUGCAAAAGUUUGAGCUCCCGGAACCUGCUCUCUGUGUUGGAGGAUAUCUGCUAGUUGAGCUUUUGGGCAGGGUCCAAAAACAAGAAAUAGACGACUUAUAUUAUAUCUGUAUUGCUCAUGUUCAAAUUGUUGGAAGACCACUCUUGCCUACUUUUGAUGUCGAAAUGCAUGAACCAUCUGGAAAAUGCUUACUGAAGCAUUAUUCAGAAACGGUGAGUCUUUCUUAAUAUGUGAGUAUUAUGCUGGGAGCAUAUGGUGUUGAGUAGAUUUCUUUUGUUUACAUGCUUGGAUGUGUUUUUUGAAGAUAACAAACUCAUGUAAAGUCAUGUCCGAGAAUAAGUGGGUUAAAAUAGAAAUGAGAACUGGAAUAGAUGAUUAGUAUACAACUUUAUUUAAGGCUGAACGAUCUUUUGUUGUUGUUUUAUUCUUCCUUCUUUUUCCUUUGAAUUAAUCUGAGUUAUUACCCAAAUCUAGGAAAUUGAGUGACAGCUUUGGAAGUAUUUCACCAUCAAUCCGGCAAGUCCAGCCUCUCCACUGAAACUGUUACUCUGUGCACCACAAAUAGUCUUAUACUCGAUCAAAGUUGCAGAAAGGGAGGUUUUUUGAUUGCCAACGAAAGCUAUUUAUAUUUAUUUUAGACAUCUGUAGAUCUUCCUUAAUAAUAAUUUUUAUGAUUUGCAGAUGUAUCAUUUUAGAAGCCAAAUUUCAAUUAAUUAUGAAUAAUCAUACAA